CUGGUGGGAAGGUUUAAAAGAAGCAAUUCAUCUAGUCUUUAGCCAACGGUCUGGCCGGUAGUAAACUCAAUCAGCGAUGACAUGUAAUUAAUCCUGGAAAUCGUUCCAGGAGUAAACCUGUCCUGUUCCUCCUGUAACAAAUGAAUAAAGUGAGGCUCAGAGAAGUUACAGGCUCUUGCCCGAGGUCACAUAGCUGUGCAGCGCAGCAUCCCGUAUUUGAAUCGCCUUUGUUUGGCUGCAACACCACAGUCAGUGCUAAAGAGGAUGGCGCCAAUCUCUCAAUUCCAGAGAAAACCGUGAAGAAAAUUAAUCUGUAAAACCCAAGCCAGGGAGAGGGGCUCCGGUGUGCGGGGGAAUUUGCAGACGCUCCCUGCUGGCGGGGACGGCACGACCUGUCCUUCAGUCCGGGACCUUCGGCUGGUCCCGCCGCGGCGAACGGGAGUGCUGGUGGAAGCCGAGGCGGUAGGACCUGCAGCUGCGGCUGAGACCCUGGCGGAAGCGCCAUGUCCGAGCCGCCCUCGCGGGGGGCCGAGCGCGACCUUUUCCGGGACACGUGGGUGCGGUACCUGGGCUACGCCAAUGAGGUGGGGGAGGCCUUCCGCUCCCUGGUGCCUUCUGCUGUCGUGUGGCUGAGCUAUGGCGUGUCCAGCUCCUACGUGCUGGCCGAUGCCAUUGACAAGGGCAAGAAAGCCAGAGAUGUGCCGGGCCCUGAGGCAGGCCGCAGCAGCAGGGUGACGGUGGCUGUGAUGGACACCUUCGUGUGGCAGGCGCUGGCCUCUGUGGCCAUCCCAGGCUUCACUAUCAAUCGCCUGUGUGCAGCCUCCCUGUACAUCCUGAGCACUGCCACCCGCUGGCCUCUGGCUGUCCGCAAGUGGACCACCACCGCACUGGGGCUGCUCGCCAUCCCCGUCAUCAUCCACCCCAUCGACAGGUCGGUGGACUUCCUCCUGGACUCCAGUCUGCGCAAGCUCUACCCCUCAGUGGAGAAGCCCAGCUCCUCCUGACCUGCCCCGCCAUCCUGGCCUGCGGGCCGGCCCAUUCCCUGCUCUGUUCCCACUCCCUCCUCCUGCCAGGAGAUGCAGAUACCUCGCUCUCUGGGGUCCGAAGCCCUGGCACCUGAGUGGGUUUAAGCUGGUCGGAACCCGAAAGACAAAGACCUCAGCGCAGCAGCUGCAGUGACUCACAGACAGGACUUGAACCCCGUCCGCUUCCUCGGAAUCGGUGAUACUGAGCCGGCCUGGACUCUGAGUGGGCCCAGCCCUGUCCCUUGACAGGACAGUAACAUCCUCCCAUGGAGGGUAAAGCACCUGAGGCCCAGACAAGGCAAGGAACACGGCCAAGAUCACUUAGCAAGCUGGGGACCCAGAACUCCCAAAGGCUCAGCCAGGUCAUGAUGGUGGAGCAGCAAGGCACUCGGAGAAACAUGGGAGUACACCUGUGGGGACCCUGAGGACGGAUUCUCUGCCCCUUCCUGGUGCAAGGCCUGCUGGGGCCUGGCUGGAAGGCAUGACAGCUCUCAGUCCAAUAAAUCCUCAAGAAGUUGA